UCCACCGCAGGUGCCCCGAUUUCCAUCCAGUUCACUGCACGUGAAGGAGUUUAUUUCAGAAAAGACCCGGGCCAAAGGGGCGUCCCUGAGACGCUUCCUUGGGUGGAGUUACAGAAACACUGGGCUCAGGGAAUCCUUCCAGGAAAUGACCAGAGCUCCUCCGAGAGGCACGAGAUAUUUACAAAGGAUCCAGGAUACUUAUCACAGGGAAGAGGGGCGAGGAGGAUGCAGGGGGUGUGACGGCUGUGGGAGGGUAAGUGUUCCGGAGACUUCUGUCCGAAGGUUCUCGGGAAUCAGGGAGCGUGCCCUUGAGGGUCUCUGCUGGGAGCCUGGGUUGACCGCCCGCAGCGACUGUUACCGCACCAGGGUCCCGCGCGCUCCUUCCGCGCCCUGCGCGGCGGCCCCGGUGCGCGCCCUGCUCCCACGCGGAGCCGGGCUCGGACCUCCGCGCCCCCGCGCGGCCCAGUGGCCGCUGCCCACCCAGUAACGGCUCCUGGACUGGCGCCCGCGACCCCUCCCCCUGCCCGCUCACGAGAGCCGCAGUGCCGCGCCGAGUGGAGGGGUAACCCGCCCCGGAACCGACGUGAGCCGCGCCGGGGCGGGGUUGGUGCGGGCGGUUGAGGGAUCCCCGAUUCCGGCGCGUCCUCCGCGCACUCCGCCCGCCCGCGCGUGCAGCAGCCGCAGCAGCAGCAGCGGCGGCGGCGACAGGCGCGCCGGACACCAGCACCAGCACCAUCAGCCCAUCUGCAAGAUCUGCUUCCAGGGCGCUGAGCAGGGUGAGCUGUUAAACCCUUGCCGAUGUGAUGGGUCCGUUCGGUACACACAUCAGCUGUGCCUGCUAAAGUGGAUCAGUGAACGAGGCUCUUGGACCUGUGAGCUCUGCUGCUAUAGAUACCACGUCAUAGCUAUUAAAAUGAAGCAACCUUGCCAGUGGCAAAGCAUUUCUAUAACACUGGUUGAGAAAGUUCAGAUGAUUGCUGUAAUCCUAGGAUCCCUGUUCUUAAUAGCAAGUGUGACUUGGCUUCUCUGGUCAGCCUUCAGCCCCUAUGCAGUGUGGCAGAGGAAGGACAUCCUUUUCCAAAUCUGCUAUGGAAUGUAUGGUUUUAUGGAUCUAGUGUGCAUAGGUCUCAUUGUCCAUGAAGGAGCUGCAGUUUACAGAGUGUUUAAGCGCUGGCGAGCCGUUAAUUUGCACUGGGAUGUAUUAAAUUAUGACAAAGCCACAGACAUCGAAGAAAGUAGCCGGGGAGAGUCUUCCACAAGUAGGACUUUAUGGUUGCCCUUGACGGCUCUGCGGAACAGAAACUUGGUCCACCCAACGCAGCUGACCUCCCCGAGAUUUCAGUGUGGCUAUGUGCUACUCCACCUGUUCAAUCGGAUAAGGCCCCACGAAGAUUUGUCAGAAGAUAACAGCUCGGGGGAAGUCGUGAUGAGAGUGACUUCGGUGUGACAAACAUAUACAGUGACAGUGUGGACCACUCUGCACAUUUUGGAAUGUAAUUGCAAUGAAUGGUGAAACCAUAGCACUUCUACAAAACAUACAUCUAUGAACUUUUUAUGCUUUUUAUAUGAACAUUUGAAUUGCAAAUACAUUUUUCUGAAAAAAAGA